AUGAAAAUAGUCCUUUUUUAUUGCACAGUUCAACUCCUAACGUGAGUGACUUAUUGGCAUUAAAUAAUGACUGCUUAUUUUUCUCGUCAUUAAAAAAAAAAUUCAUAGUCGCUAAAUAUGCACUUUUAAUAAAGCUCACAUUGUAAUCUUAACUAACAAAUGACUAUAAGGAGAUAAACCAAUUUAAAUCAUUCAUAAUUGAUAAGCUCAAAUAAAAAAGAUAAAAAGAUUAAUAAACAACUCACAUGUAGAGUACAAGUGUACAACUUUAAAAGUUUUAGUUGCCAAGUAGGAAACUCUCAUCCUUAUACCAUACGAAAGUUCAUAUGGAAAAAGAAAAUUAAAAAACAAAAACAAAAAAAAAGGGAAAAAGAAAAGGAAAAUUAAAAAAAAUGAAAUAAUUACGGAGGUGAGAAUUGAAAAAGAGUGGAGAAAGAAAACUGCGCAAAAAAAUGUAGCAUGAGCCAUGAAGCUUGCAAGCCGGGACGAGAACUAAGCUCACGCCUACCAUUCUAUAAAUCCUCCACACCCUCCUCUCCGCUCUCACUCUCAUCUCUCUCCCUCCCUCUCUCCCGCACUCUCUUUCACCCAAUUCCCUUUUCUCCAUAGAUUUUCUUCUUUUCUUUAAACAAAACAAAAACACACAAGAAAAAUCGCCCUUCAAUUCCAAUUAAAAUCAAACCAAAUAACAGAAGAGCCAACACAAGGGCGGCACGGUGUGUUGAUGGCCCCGGAUGGCGGAGGAAUGAAGAACGGCGGCGGAGCGUCGGGGAGAACCGGAGGAGCGCGGCAGAUGCUGAAGAAAGGGCCGUGGACGGCGGCGGAGGACGCGAUUCUGAUGGAGUACGUGAAGAAGCACGGCGAAGGGAAUUGGAAUGCGGUGCAGAGAAAUUCUGGAUUGAUGAGAUGCGGUAAGAGUUGCAGGUUAAGAUGGGCUAAUCAUCUCAGACCUAAUCUCAGAAAAGGCGCCUUUUCCCCCGAAGAAGAACGCCUCAUCGUCGAGCUCCACGCUAAGCUCGGUAACAAAUGGGCUCGCAUGGCCGCUCAGCUGCCUGGAAGAACAGAUAACGAGAUCAAGAAUUACUGGAACACGAGGCUGAAGAGAAGACAGAGAGCGGGAUUACCUAUAUAUCCUCAAGAAAUUCAACCGCAAAACACAUAUCAUCAUCCAAACCAGAUUCUAAUACAACAAACUCGAUCCAGCCGUUCAUCGUCUCCGCUGUCAGCGCUUUUAUCGGCUCCGCCGCCGCCGCAUCACCUGCCCAAGCCCGCCGCCCCUUAUAAUCCCCCUCCGUCGAUUUACGACCACAUGUUCGAUUCUCCGGCGACCUUGAAAUCUGCUCCGGUGGCCACUCUGCAAGGCCACGGCUCUCAUUUCAAGUUCUUCUCAGCCCCGCCGGGCGGCCUCGCUUUAACAUUGGCGGCCUCGUCUAAUAAACCCGGCCAGUUCUCCUCCCCUGUUACGCCGCCGUUGCCGAAACAUUUCAACGCGCCGUUGCCGAUCCCGUCGCUCCCGUUUAGCGCUCUCCAUCCCUUCUCCGCCGUUUUCGGCGGCCCGUCGGGAGCCAACAUGCAAGAGCGACCUUCAAUCCAAACCCCCGUGCCGGCGGCCACUCCGACCACAUCGUCCGGGAUCACCGGGAGCCUUUACCCGGCGCCGAGCGACGACGCUAAUGACUAUGAAGUUCUCCCGGGCUUGCCGCGAAGCAACAGUGGGUUAUUGGAGGAUUUAUUGCACGAAUCUCAUGCUUUGGCGCGCGACGUCGAGAAAAUUAACAAAGAUUCCUCGGACGGAAAAGGGAAACAAAAAUCUACGUCGGACGAGUACGAAGCUUUGCUGGGAAAUCCAUCACCGCCCGCCGUCCAUGAACAAGCAGUGUAUAGCUUUGGCUAUGAAGGCGAAUCAGCUUCAGCCAAGGAAAGUAAUAGUCCGGUGGACGACGAUAUAUUGAGUCUUCUUGACAAUUUUCCACUGGCUGUACCGGUUCCUGAUUGGUACGAAGACGGGAAGGGCGGCGGCGAUUUGGUGAACGGAGGAGCAUUUAAUACGAUGCAGGGCGGCGGUGGUGCUACCGGCGUCGUGGGGAAUCACAAAGAAGAGUCGAAAUCGUCAAGCACGACAACCUCGGAGUCAACGUUGUGCUGGAAUAACAUGCCUUGUAUUUCCUAGAGUAGAAAAAAAUAUUGUGUAGGUGUACGUUAGGUUAUAGUAUUGUUGUGAUAGACCUUAAUUUCUGAGAGCUUUUUAAUUUUUAAUUUGGUAUGGAUCUUAGGCGGGCGAUCAGUAGUUAAUUCAUCAAACUUCUAAGCCAUAGCAUGGCUGUACUACUGUUGGGUUGUGACGAAUGGGAUGAGCUUAUGUUGUUGUCUGUUCA